GACGAGAAGAUGGAUGUGUGGGGUGGGUGGGUGGAUGGAGACAUGAACAGAGAGAUGUCCCAAAGGUUCAAGGGCGGCUCCAAGGGCCACCACCCUCCAUCGUAGCCUUCCUCCAACAUCUCACUACUAUCUUCCUCCCUUACAGGUCCAAUCCUCGGACAGGGUUCCCUGAUACCUGGACAGCCCCUGCCAGGCCGCAUCAUGCCAACUGGAACCACCAACACCCCGGCAGCCGGCAGCACCAAUAUUCCUCCAUCUGGGACAGGAAACAUUGUCGGGUCCCGGGGACAACUGGCAUCCCCAAAUGGCUUGUAUCCUCCGCCACCUCAGCCGCCGCCGCCUCCUCCAACCGACGGGGCCACACCGCCUCCCGCAGGACCCCUCCCCGCCUCCACAGCGCCCUGAACGCGUCCUCCACCAGGACCGUCUCAAGCUCUGGAAGAUGCAACCAACACCGUCAUUCUCCAUGUUCUGCUCCUCCUUCUCCCGGCUUGUCUUUCCUUCCCAGUGCGUCAUUCGAUCCCCGCGACUCCCAUAAUUUUGUGUUGAGGGCGGUGGGAGCCUUUUGGGUGGUGCUCCUGGCCCAGAGCUGGUUCACCCUGGUGCCACCAGGAGCUCCCAGCAUCCUCAAAAUAAAUUUUUUUUUUUAG